AUGAAAACAGAAGAGCAAAAUUACCUGACUGAAUGGCAAGUUCUUACCCUACAGAAAGUAAUUAAAGAUAACCCUGACAAAAACACCCUCCAAUGCCUUGAUGUGGUUAUCGAAAAGCUCCAGAAAAUAUAUGAAGCUCUCAGAUGCAACUACAGUCACAAAAGCCACAGUCUUGCUGGAAAAUUAUAUGCUGUAUGCCAAGGCGAAUCAGCCUGUGCACAAGCACUAAUACGCCCCCACGACAGAUUUGAAGAUGCCUGCGCUGAGCUUCGAUCUACUGUUAAGGUCCACAUGGACUGCACUCCACUGAAUGCAGGGCUGUUCCAUCAGACAGAAGAACACUUCGAUAAUGAAGAAGUGGAUAAUGGACAGUACUUUGUCGACCGUAGGUACGGUGGAAAGCUAGGCUAUGUACAAAGAGGACUGCAUGCAAGAAACGGCCGAAGCAGUUUUAAGGGUGGACUUCGAGGUGGAUCUGACAGCAAUAACGACCACCGGAAGAUUUGCUUCGUGUGUAAAAAGGCGGGGUGCUGGUCCACACGGCACGAACCAAGCGAUAGUCAAGGAAGAAUCAAUAGCUGGCGGAUGUACAUGGCUGAAAAUGAUCUCCCCGCUGACAAUGAUACCCUGGCCAUGUUCAUUGUCGACUAUGAAGGCUACGAAGUGAACCAGAAUGAUGAUGAAACUGAUCUUAUUGGCAUGUUUAACGCGUGGUCUGAGGACAGAACUGAGCAAUUCCUCACAAGUUACGGUACAAUCUAUGGAUGGAAUACAGCUGUGCUGCUCAACAAUCAAAGCUGA